AGUCCAGUAACCUAAUUUUAUACGUACAAACUAACAUGCGGACUCUAUUAUCAAAUUUUUUACGAACAAAAAAAUUAUUUUAUGAAUAUUCCAAGUUUUGUGCAAAUAAUAUAAUAUGUUCUCAAGUAAGACAAAUAACAAAGUUUUCAAAUAAUAGUCAAAAACAAUUUAACAGUGAUAAAAAUGUAGAAAGUGAUUCACAUAACCUAAUCGGCUCAAUUAGUACUACUCAUAAAAUUUUUGAAGAUAAAAAUGCAGAAAUUAUCUUUGAUGUUAGUGAAAGACAAGAAAAAGUUAAUUUAGAAGAUUUAAUAAUUGAAGAACAUCAUGAUCCUUAUAAAGGAAUAAAUUUAGAACGUGGAAAAAAUGGUGUUUUUGAAAUAGAAGAUCUUGUAUCAUUAUUACAAAAAGAUAAUGUUAAAAAUAUUUUUGUUGCUUCAAUGGCCUCUGAAUUAUCAUAUGCUGAUUACAUAGUUAUAGUUACAGGUAGAUCAAAUAAGCAUAUGAAAGCACUUGCUUCUUUUGUUCGAAAAGUAUAUAAAUUGAAAAAACAUAAAACAGAUAUAUUUGUAAAAAUUGAAGGGAAAAAUUCAAAAGAUUGGAUAGCUUUAGAUCUAGGAAAUAUUAUAUUGCAUAUUUUUUCACAUUCUGCUAGAUUAGAAUAUGAUUUAGAAACAUUAUGGUCAGUUGGACCUGAUUAUGAUGAUAAAAGUAAAAAUACUACUGAAGAUAUUAUGGAACAAUAUAAUGAAUUUUUAUCUGAUUUAGAACCAAUUAAAAAUAAUAAUGAAAAAUGAAUGGAAAAUAUGAAACAUAUAAAAAAUGAUAAUUAUAAUAAUUAUAUAAACGAUAUGUAUUAUAUUAUC